AUGGCAAAUAAUUGUUGGUACUUGCUUAUUUUAAUUUUAGUUCUUCUUAUAUUUCCUGGUGAAUAUCAGACAUCAGAAUCCAAACAAACAUGUGCACUUAAUUCGUAUACUAAACCACUGGUAUAUGCUGUUGAUGGAGACAUAAUAAUAGGAGGCAUCCUACAAAUCUUUUUGCUUGUUUCUCAUGGACUUCAUGAUUUUGAAGAAGCCCCUAGUGGUGUCAUUUGUGUAGGACCUACAUUUCAGUAUCUGACUCAAGUCCUGGCUUUUAUAUAUGCUAUAGAGGAGAUCAACAACAGCACAGAGCUUUUACCCAACAUUACUCUAGGAUACCACAUCUAUGAUUCAUGUGUCAGUGAAGUAGUUGCAUUAAUGAGCACUUUCAGCUUAUUAUCUGAGGAAGAAAACCCAGCUCUGAACUAUAUCUGUCAACAAGAUCAAAAGUUGGUGGCAUUUGUUGGACACUUGUUAUCAUCUCAAACUCACGUCACUGCAGAAAUAACUCAGAUCUAUGGAUACCCUCAGAUAAGUUAUGGAGCUCUGGAUCCUGUGUUUAAUGAUCACUUUCCAUCCAUUUAUCAUUCGGUUCCCAAUCAGUAUUCUCAGAACCAAGUUAUCAUAAAAUUACUAAAUCAUUUUGGAUGGACGUGGGUAGGAAUCAUUGCAUCAGAUGAUGAGAGCAAUCACCAACUUAACUACUACCUAAAAAACAGUCAUUUUAAAACAGCAUCUGGAGAGGAAAUUUUUUUCACCAAGGAUGGAAAUAUUCCAGGAAUGUUUCAUAUUCUGAACUGGGUCAUUUAUAAAAAUGGAACAACCAAAAAGAUCGACAUAGGUAUAUUUUUACCAGGUAGUGAUCAACUCAUUAUUAAGGAGAAGGCAAUUACCUGGAGCCCUUAUUUUCAUAAGACUCCCACAUCACUGUGCACAGAAAUGUGUUUAUCUGGCUACCGAAGAGCUCGUCAGAAUGGGAGGCAACCAUGCUGCUUUGACUGUGUUCCAUGUUCUGAAGGGGAAAUUUCAAAUUUUUCAGAUCUUGAAACCUGUGUGAAAUGUCCUUCAGACCAAUGGCCUAAUCCAGUUAGGGAUCAAUGCAUUAAAAAAACAAUAGACUUCCUAUCCUAUGAAGAUCUGUUAGGAUAUGUGCUGUCUGGCUGUGCUUCAGUCUUUAUUUUAUUGACUGCUGUGGUGUUUUUGAUAUUUAUAAAACACAGAGGAACUCCUAUAGUUCUUGCCAAUAAUCAGAACAUCAGCUACAUCCUACUUAUGGCUCUUCUGAUGUCCUUUCUUUGCACUUUCAUGUUCAUUGGACAUCCUACUGGUGUUACGUGCAUGCUGAGACAAGCCACAUUUGUAUUUUAUUUCUCUGUUGCUAUUUCUUCAAUAUUAGGAAAAACAAUGACAGUUCUGGUUGCAUUUAAAGCCACAAAAACUUCAAACAACACUAAAAGGUGGGGCAGAAUAAAUUUUUCUAUGUGUGUGGUCUUUCUUUUCUCUUUAGGGGAAUUUAUAAUAUGUGUGAUUUGGCUAACAUUAUCCCCACCAUAUGUAGAGUCUGAUAACCAAACAAUACCAGGAAAAAUCAUUUUACAAUGUAAUGAAGGUUCAAUUGUAAGUUUCUUUCUGGCAGUUUCAUAUAUUGGUGAAUUAUCCUUUAUGAGUUUUGGUGUUGCUUUUAUUGCUCGCAAGUUACCAGACCGUUUCAAUGAGGCACAGCACAUAACCUUCAGCAUGCUGGUGUUCUGCAGUGUCUGGGCCUCCUUCAUUCCAACAUACCUGAGCACCAAAGGCAAACACAUGGUUGCGGUGGAGAUAUUUGCCAUCCAGGCCUCUUCAGCUGGUCUGUUAAUUUGUAUAUUUACUCCAAAAUGCUACAUUAUUUUGCUAAAACCAGAACUCAAUGUUAAAGGAAAACCUGCUUCUAAAAUAGAGCGAAUACAAUACAAGAGUGGUCAACUAUAG